CUGCUGUGACUGCACACAGCACAACGUCGCGCCACCCUGCUGUGAAUAACGAGUAUCGAGUUGGUCGGUGUUUGCUGUGCGAGAGCUGUCGACAUUUGACGUCUACUGGUAUUCGUCAAUAGUGUCUAGCAAACACAACAUUGCCCCACAGACGGGAAGAAGACGCAAGGGAGGUGGUCCUGGGGUACUGCUGCUGCUGUUGGAAACUGAAACAAUGGGCGAUAAGCGGUAUCGCGUUGGCGGUACUCGUGGUGGUCAGGAUCAGUUCAAGUGGGAAGAUGUGAAGGGAGAUGUCCACCGUGAGAACUACCUCGGCCACAGCCUUCUGGCCCCUGUCGGUCGAUGGCAGAGAGGGAAGGAUCUAAAAUGGUGGAACAAGAAAGGGGAAGGCGGGGCAGACGCUGCCCGCGCCCAAGCGGAGAUGGAGAAGGCCCGCGUGAAGCAGCUCGACGAAGACCUUCUCAACGAAGCCCUGGGUCUCGCGCCUAGGAAGGUUCGCACGCAGCAAUUGGAGCUGAGCAAGGCGGAUAAGAAGCAGCUGCUCGAGAAAGGGAACACCGUGGACGGAGAUGGCAUGGACACGGAAAGAAUUUCGGGGCUCGGGGCGGGACCUGCGAAGCUCCACGAGCACAUCCCCUCGCUGACCCUCAAAGAAAGGGAGUUAGAGAGGCUAAAACGGGAACGCGAACGCAAGGAAGGAGGCCUCACUGAGGAAAGCCUGGUGGAAAUCGUGGAUUACGAGAAAGAGCAACGGGACCUGGCUGCGGUAAAGGCUGCGGCGAAUCCGGGCGUGGCGGUGUCAGGGGGCAGUAGUCGCAAGAGCCUCAAGGAAGAAAAGCGAGCCAGGAAGCACGAAAAGAAGGAGAAAAAGAAGGCCAAGAAGGAGAAGAAGAAAGCCAAGAAAGCCAAGGAGGAGGCCGAAAACGGCGAGCGGCAAAAUGCUAAGAACGGUGUCCACCAGCGAGAUCAACCUGACAGUAGCGACCGGGCAAGGGGCCGUGACGCUCACAGACAUAAGACCUCGGAUGCAGACGCUGUCCGUGAAAAUGGCAGGGAAAGGGGAAACGGACAUCAGCGAAGCGGGGCGGGAGCGAGUGGGGAGAGACAGGGUCGCACAAACGCAGAAAGCGGUCGUCGGAGAACAGCGGAUAGCAGGGAGAGAGAAAACCAUCACGAGAGAGAAGGGGCCCGCCGAAACGCAGACGACGGUCGACAUAGAAGGGUGGAUGGCAGAGACAGGCACUACCGUUCAAGAGGGACCCAAGGGAAGACCAGCGAGCGGGAAGGUAUUAGGGUCAGGGAGGAAACCCAGCCUGCAAGCCGGGGUAGAGCAAAGCUCGAACAACGGGGUAGGCUGCGAACACCACGCCCAGGAAGCAGGAGCCCUGGUGCUCGGAGGGAACAGUCGCAAGGAAGGCAAGAGAACCGGCAGCCCAGCCAUUCGCGCGAUCGGUAUCGUCGCCAAGAGGGCCACCCGGGUGAGGCAAGCGGGGGGCGGGACAAAGAGAGGCUGGGCCGUGGUGUGCGUGAGAGAAAUGGGGCGUCCAAAGGCAGCAGUCGCAGCAGCAGUAACAGUAGCAGCAGCGGGAGCAGCAGCAGCAGCGGGAGCAGCAGCAGCAGCAGGAACAGCAAUAUCAGUGAGAAGCGGCACCCAGUCGCUGGUGACAAGCGCCGCCGCAGCCGCAGCCACGACAACAGGAAUGCUGGACGCGUGUCGGAUGCCCGCAACCGCCAGCCCGGCGCGAACACUCGUAAAAGGUCGCUUGAAAGAUCAGGGCGUCAGGGAGCGAGCAGGAGCACCCGGCGCAGAAAGAGAAGCUGGAGUAGGAGUAGGCGAUGACUCUCGUAACCGAGGACGGGGCACGCUUAGUGAUAAUCAGGACGACGGGGGCAGGGAUGGACCGUCUGUCACCGGUGUGAUGACGAGACACGAUUCGUCGAGCGUGACAAUACGCGGCCAUCAUAGUCCUCUCGUGUUGUGUAACUUAUUGCUGCACCAUCAUGCGGUACACUAGUGUGUGGCAGAAAUGAGUUUGGUACGAUGGGAUUAUGUAACGUCUUCAGGACAAGUCAAUACCAAUUUUGCGGUCAACGGUCUGA